GCAGAUGAUGAUGAUGAUCCAGAAUAUAACUUCCUAGAAGAUCUGGAUGAACCUGACACAGAGGAUUUCCGCAAUGACCGGGCAGUGAGAAUUACCAAAAAGGAAGUGAAUGAGCUGAUGGAAGAAUUAUUUGAAACUUUCCAAGAUGAAAUGGGUUUCUCCAACAUGGAGGAUGAAGGUCCAGAGGAAGAAGACAGUGUGCCUGAAUCACGACCCAACUUCAGUACUCCCCAAUCCUUACGGUUUGAAGAACCCCUAGCAAACUUGCUCAAUGAGCAGCAUCGUACAGUGAAGGAGCUGCUGGAGCAGCUAAGGAUGAAGAAGUCUUCAACUAAGCAACAACCAGAGGCAGAGAGGCCCAAGCCCCAGAGUGAUAAGGCCCAGCAGACUCUCAUUUUGGAUGCAGCUCAGAGGAAAAGACUACAGCAACAGAUGCAGCAGCAUGUUCAGCUCUUGACUCAGAUUCACCUCUUGUCCAGCGCCAACCCCAGCCUCAGUUCAGAAGCCAAUACCACCAAGAUGUUUCUUAGGGAGCUGGGGACCUUUCCUCAAAGUUCUGUUGUCCAUCAGUUCAACCCUGGGUUUCAGACCAUGUUUCAGCCAUGUAACUUGAAUGGCGCUAUGCAGCUUAUUGAAGACUUUCACUCACACGUCCACAUUGACUGGAGCCCUCGAAAAAAUGUCAAGAAGAGUGGCAGUGAAUUUCCUUGUCUACCAAAGCAAGUAGCCUGGAUUCUGGCUACAAGUAAGGUCUUCAUGUAUCCAGAGCUGCUGCCAGUAUGUUCCUUGAAAGCAAAAAAUCCCAGGGACAGGACAUUCUUCACCAAAGCAGAGGACAAUUUAUUAGCUUUGGGGCUGAAACAUUUUGAAGGGACUGAGUUUCCAAAGCCUCUAAUCAGUAAAUACCUCCUGACUGCCAAGUCUGCUCACCAGCUGACAGUGAGAAUCAAGAACCUCAACAUGAACAGGGCUCCUGACAAUAUCAUUAAAUAUUAUAAGAAGACAAAGCAGCUGCCAAUAUUGUUUAAGUGCUGUGAGGAGCUUCAGCCUGAUCAGUGGAAGCCACCUGUGGAGAGGGAAGAGAGACAUCUCCCAUUCUGGUUAAAGGCCAGUUUACCAUCCAUCCAGAAGGAACUACAGCACUUAGCUAAUGAUGCUGGAGAAUCAGGAAAUUUAUCCAAAGUAGCUGAGCCCACUUCUGAACCAGGCCUUGACAAAGGCAGCUUGGAGUUAAGGAAUGAGAAUCGAUAUCCCCUACUGCUGCCCAAGGGUGUGGUAUUAACACUACAACCACUUGCUAAAUGGUUUUCUAGGAGGGCUUGGUGCCAGAGGAGGUCAUCAGGCUUGAAGCCCUUCCUCUUCUGUCCCAGCUCUUCUCUCCAACCUGUCUCUAAUAAUGGGAGGAGUCCAACUAGAUUAACCCAGUCAGAAGUGCCUCCAAGCAAAGUGGUGAUCCAGCCAGCCACUGUCUUACAGUCAGUGCCUAUAGCUCCCCAUCUUGGCGUCACUGGGGGUGAUGGCUUUGAGCUUCCCAGGGCUUUGCCAUCUGUGGCUCCUGAGAAUGGGACUUGCCUUCCCCAAACUGUGUCCCACACUGUGUUCUCUCCUGCCCCAGCAGCCUUCCAGCCUAAGGUCAUGCUGCCAGCACUUGUCACCUCCAAACCACGUAAGACAGGAACAAAGCGGGGUCUCCCAAGGAGAGAGAGGACCAAGGCCUCCCCGCUCUUAAAAACCACUCCCAUCCUUCCCCCUGCACCAGUCAUCCUCACUGUCCCUGCUACCACUGUAAAGGUUGUGAGCCUUAGCAAUGGCUGUAAUAUGAUCCAGCCUCUUGGUGCAGCUGUAGCUCAGAGCCCUCAGACUAUCCCCAUAACAACUCUCUUAGUUAGCCCCACCUCCUUCCCCUGCCCACUGAACCAGCCUCUUGUAGCUUCUUCCAUACCACCCUUAAUCAUCUCGGGUAACCCUGUGAGUCUCCCUGUGCCACCCCGCUCAGAAGAUAAUACACAGGUGAAAUCAGACAUUCCUUGUCCUCCGGCUGAAGGAAAAAGUACUUUUACAGCCAUGGAGCCCAAAUUGGAACCACAAGAAUUAUCUUCCCUCUGCUCAACUCUCUCACCCAAAGAGGAACACAGUCCUGUGCCUCCCACACCAAGCAAGGCCACCAGCCAGGAAGACCCAUUUGAGGGUAAUGCCCAUAGCUGGACUGUUGUAAAGACAAUGGAAGGGAGGGAAGUCCUAGAACCACUGCCUCAGACCUCCUGGGAAACUCUAACUUUUCUCUCAGGGGAUUUGGUGGAAAUUGUUAAAGUAGAGCCAGAAGACCCUGGAGAAGAAAUGAGACUGCCCCGGAACAAGUCCCCUGAGCAGAAUAUCUGUGGUGAAAUCAAAGAAGAGGUCUCUGUGGAGCUGGAUACAGGUCCUGCAGGUGAGGGUGCAAAUAGCACCCGAGAGGUAAAGAAAGAGGCUGUUUUACAGGAGGAGGAGAGAGGUGAGAUGGCAGAGAUAUCUUCAGUUUCCCAUGAGACUCAGGGGGAAGGGAGCACAAGAGGAGAGGUGAGCAAAGGGUCUCCCAAGAAUAUUUCCUCUCCUACUAAUCCUGCUGCCCUUAGUAGUCCCCUAGGGAAGCCUGAAGAUUCAUCCAGUGUUGAUGGCCAGUCAGUGGGAACCCCAGCUGGCCCAGAAACAGGGGGUGAGAAGGAUGGGCCGGAAGAGGAAGAGGAAGAAGAUUUUGAUGAUUUCACACAAGAUGAGGAAGAUGAGGAGAUGUCAUCGGCUUCUGAAGAAUCUGUGCUCUCAGUUCCUGAGCUUCAGGUAGGCAUUUAGGAAACUCACACUGGAGCAGGUGAAGAGUCAAAUCGAUGCAUUUAAUAUUUCAGUUAUCUGUGCUGUAGUGUGAGGGGAAUGUUAGGAAUAUUUGAGAACAAUAGUACAGAUAAUCUUAAAAUCAUUUGUAUUGGGCUUUG